AUGAAGCGGCCCAGGGCGCCCAGUGGCUCCGAUGGCGAGUCUGACGGACCCAUUGACGUGGGUCGGGAGUGAGACCUCAGCCAGAUGGCCAGACCGCUGACCACCCCCAGUCCUUCUCAGAUGCAAGCCCGGAAGAAGCGCAGAGGGAUCAUAGAAAAACGGCGCCGAGACCGAAUCAACAGCAGCCUUUCCGAAUUGCGUCGCCUGGUGCCCACAGCCUUUGAGAAACAGGGCUCCUCCAAGCUGGAGAAAGCCGAGGUCUUGCAGAUGACAGUGGAUCACUUGAAGAUGCUCCAUGCUUCUGGUGGCACAGGGUUCUUUGAUGCCCGAGCCCUGGCUGUUGACUUCCGGAGCAUUGGCUUUCGGGAAUGCCUCACUGAGGUCAUCAGAUACUUGGGGGUCCUGGAAGGACCCAGUAGCCAUGCAGACCCUGUCCGGAUUCGCCUUCUCUCCCACCUCAACAGCUAUGCAGCUGAGAUGGAGCCUUCACCCACACCGACUGGUGCCCUGGCCUUCCCUGUGUGGCCCUGGUCCUUCCUCCAUAGCUGUCCGGGGUGGCCUUCCCUGAGCAGCCAACUUGCUAUUCUGGGAAGAGUGCCUGGCCCCGUCCUUCCCAAUGUCACCUCUCCCGCUUACCCCAUCUCAGCCCUCCGGUCCACACCAGUCCACAGAGUGGCUGGUACCAUUCUGCCAGCCCGGAGGAAUUUGUUGCCCAGUCGAGGGGUACCUUCCACCCAGAGAGCCCAUCCUCCUGAGAGGCCAGCUGCCCCUCCACCCACAGCUCCUGGUAGUAGGGCUGCCAGGAGCAACCAUGUAGUCCCCAACCUGCCAUCUUCCUCCCCAAUGGCCCCUGGAGCUGGGAAAUCUGACGACAGUAUGUCUGGUCCCAUCUCCAGUCCAUCUCCUUUGGGGCCAACUGGGAGGCCAGCAGGAACGGUGCUCUACCACUCCUGGGUGUCUGAAAUCACUGAAAUUGGGGCUUUCUGA